CACAAAUCCUCAGAAAAAUUCUCAUCUCAUGUCUCAAAGUAUUUCUUCACAUCAAAAUUUCAAGCCACCGUUUGCUAGAAAUAUGUCCUCACCUAUAAGUAUGUCGAAUAUAAAGAACACUUUGCCAUACACCAAAGGAAAUACUAAAUCUAGCCAUUCCAGUAGUCAGAAUUUGUCAUCAGCACAAGCUGAGAAGCCUAUUAAUCAGCUCAGAAUGUCAACUAAUCUAAAUAAAUUUACCAAUGUUCCAAACACUGUGACUUCAAGCAAACAGUUUCCUUUGAAAAAUCCGGUUUUUAAACUUAAAAACAGUAAUGCUGUCAAGCCUGAAAAUAAAGCAAAACAAACUCAUAAAAAGAAGAAAAGAGCGAAAAAAGUAAAUUUUUGGGAAGAUACGAAAAAAUCAAAUGUAAGUGUCACUCCUUUACUUUCAUUUCAGCGUAUGUCAGAAAAUACUUCUCUGGAUUGGACAUCAGUAAAAUCUAAAGAAUCAGAUGAUGAUGAUGAUAAUGCUUCCAUUUCUCAUAGGUCAUCUGAUGGAAGUAAUGUUUCAGAUGUAGAAACAGAUGGAACAUCAUCUGAUGAGAGUGAAUUUUCUAUUGUGUCAAGUGUGAAAGACAGUGAAAUAGGGUCAUGCAAGUAUGAUUUAAUGCCAUUAAAUGCAUCCCAGACUGAAAAAUUUGUCAUUGUUUGUUGGGAUAUUGAAAACUGUUCCUUGCCAUCUACAAAGUCAGCAGUUGAUUUUGUUAAUCAAGUGAGAAAUAAAUUUUAUGAAGGACGAACUGAAACUCAAUUUAUUAUUGCCUGUGAUGUGUCAAAUUUAAGUGAUUCUCUUGUAAAAGACUUGGACGAAGCUUCUGUGACUAUUAUUCAUAAGAGUUCCCGCUAAAAUGCUGCUGAUCAGAAACUUAUGAUAAUUCUUAUGGACUUUCAAAAUACACAUCGAAGAAGUGACGCAGCAGUUGUGUUAAUUUCAGGUGAUUCAGAUUUCGCUUCUUAUUUAAGUGAUAUGCGUUACAAGCACCAUAUUUAUGUUAAUUUAAUUUGCAAGAAAAACGCAAAACCUUCUUUAAUAUCUGCAGCAGACAGAGUUGUCUUUUUUGAGGAUUUUAUUAAAGAUGUAGCUGAGCGAUCCAGAGAAGAAGAUACUCAGUUUUUUAUUAAUGUCUCAAAUCUGCCCAAACAGAUGAACAAGAAGUUUAUAAAAAAUUAUUUAACAGAAAAAAUUACAGGUAUAAAGGGCAGAGUAAAAAUGUUAAAUGGAUCAUUAGCAAUUAUUUGUUUUCCUGAUCUGUGUGCUAGAGAAAAAGCUAUGUCACGUCUUUCGUCUUGUACUUUAGGUGACUGUAAACUUCAAAUUACAUGUUCAGAAGGUAUUUUAGAGGGUAAUAAAUUAGGCACAGUUUAUAAAAAUGGUCAUAAAAGUAAGCUUCUCGUUAGCAAAGAAAAGAGUUCAGAGAAGUUAAAUUCUUCAGUUGAUGAUAAUAAUAGCAAAGGAGGUACAUUAUAUGUUUAUGUGAGUGAAAGAAUUGGCGAUAUUGAGUAUUGGAAAAAUGAGUUGGGAAAACUGUGGAAUAUUAGUGAUAUGACAUUGAAUUGGGAUGGAAACAGUGUAGAGGGUUGUUUCUUGGUUAAUUUCAAAAGUUUAAGCAAAGCUCAAAAAGCUAAGAAGAUACUGGUAAAGAAACAAAUGAAAGAUCCUAUGGCUCCUAAAUUUCUGAAGUUGGUGAAACAUGAUGAAUUAGGAUUUAAUAAUUUUUGUGUAAAUGUAUUAGAUAAUAUGCAGGAUUUGAACAAAAAGAAAAUAAACGAUUACAUUUCCAUGGUUGAGAAGAAAAAAAAUUAUUUUUUGAGCAAGCAUCAAGAAGAAGUGUCUAAAUUGAAGAAAUCACCCAUUCUUCAGGUACCAGGAGCAAAAGAAGUGCUGUCAGAAAAACUAAAUGAGAUGAAUGAACAAAAGGUAACUUUUCUGAAUUUCACAUCAGAAAUAAUAAAUAAAUUAAGUAAAGCUGAUAUUUGUUCUGAGAACCUUGAUCAUUGCUUGGAUGAUAUUUUACGAGAAUAUUCUCGAGAAUGUAAUUGUAUUUCUUCUGCUCUACCAAUUUAUGCAAAGAAAAACAUUAUUCUCAAGAAAAUAAAGAAGCAUCAAGUAACUAUAAUUCGUGCUGAAACUGGCUCAGGAAAAAGUACUCAGUUAACCCAAUAUGUAUGGCGAGAGCAAAUCCUGUCUAAAAAUGGAGUUAUAAUAUGCACCCAGCCACGAAAAAUUGCUGCUAUAUCUCUUGCUAAAUAUGUGAGUUCUCAAGUUGGUUGUAGUCUGGGUGAUAUUGUGGGAUAUGAAGUAGGUAUGUCAACUAAAAAAUCUAUUAAAACAGCUAUUUUAUAUGUCACAGAUUUCACAAUGUUGAAAAUGGUAAUUAAUAAUGACAUAGAAAAUGCUUCCUGUAUUAUUGUUGAUGAAGCCCAUGAAAGAACAGUUUAUACAGAUCUUUUAUUAGGAAUGCUUAAAAGUUAUCUUAAAGCAAAACCAAGUUUAAAACUUGUAAUUACAUCAGCUACUAUUGAUACGUCUAUUUUUCGUGAUUAUUUUAACAUAACUGAUGAUGCUGUACUGCAUGUGUCUGGCCGAAUAUACCCUGUUGAAGAUAUGUGGUUUAAUGAAGAUGUUUCACUUGGUUGGGAUUUCUUUCAAAAAACUGUUGAUACUGUACAUGAUAUUCUAAAUACAGAAAAAGAAUCUGGAGAUAUUUUGGCAUUUUUAACAACACCUGCUGAAACUGAGAAAGCUGUAGAAGCUUUGACCAAAAAAGUAAAAGAUGAAAAUUAUUACAGCAAAAUAAAAAUUUUACAGCUUCAUGGUAAAUUAGAUGUUCAGGAACAGCAAAAGAUAUUUGAGCGUAUUCCUGUUGGUAUGAGGAAAGUAGUUUUCUCAACAAAUUGUGCAGAGACUUCUGUAACAAUACCUGGAAUUAGAUAUGUUGUUGAUUGUGGUAUGGUAAAGGAAUCCCAGUAUGAUUCUGUAAGGAAUAUGAGCAUUCUGUGUGUUGGCUUUGUCAGUCGAAGUUCAGCUGAGCAGCGUAGAGGACGUGCAGGAAGAACACAGGUUGGAAAAUGUUUCCGGUUGUACAGUAAGAAAAAUUACGAUAAUAUGGUUGAAGGAAAUGUUCCCGAGAUUUUACGUGUUAAUUUGGGUCAGGCAUUAUUAAAGUUAAUGCAAAUGGGAGUGAAAAAUCCUGUGCAAUUCGACUUUGUUCAGUCACCAUCAGAAGAAUCAUUAAAAUUAGCAAUGGAACAACUCAUGCAUUUAGAAGCUGUGAAUGAAACUGAUUUGUCGUUGACUGCAUUGGGAAGACAGAUGUCCUAUUUGCCUCUAGAACCUCGACUAAGUUUUCUGAUAUUAAAAGGCAUAGAUAGUAAUAUUGGAUUUGAAGCAGUGUCCUUAGCGUCACUAAUUACUGUUUCUCGAAGUAUUUUCUUUCGUAAUAGUGAAAACAAGAAUGAGGCUGAUAAGAAGAAAAUGAGAUUUUGCCAAAAUGAAAGUGAUUUUCUGACAUAUUUAGAUGUCUAUAAAGAAUGGUUUAGUGUUCCAAAAAUAUCAAAAUCCAAGUGGUGUGUGUUGAAUUGCAUAAAUGCACAAUCUAUGAGAACUGCACAUAAUUUAGUCAAUGAACUGAUUUUAAUUCUGACGAAGGAAAUAAAUUUGAAAAUACCUGCAAAAUUUAAUGAUGAUUUACAUAAUGAGGAAUUAUUAAAAAUCAUAUUUUAUAGUUUUUCUGAAAAUAUUUGCGUUUUUUCAGGCCAUGUAAGGUAUGGUUAUAGAUCAGCCAAAAUUCCAGGGGAGCUUAUGAUUCAUCCAUCCUCAUCAUUAAGCACCUUUGGGAAUUGGAGGCCUCAAUUUCUUGUGUAUGACACUGUUCUGAAAACAAAUACGACAUAUCUUAUAAAUAUAAGCCCAAUUACAAAAGACAUGAUUCUGGAAGCUAUAAAAUCACGUGCUUUAAAAAUAAAUUUAGAAGCCCUAGAAUCAUUGCAGUUAAGAAAUUUCUGCAUAUCACCUAUUGGUAAAACUGUUUUGUUGCGUGAAAUAGUUGGAAAAAAUGGUGUUCAUCGUAAAUUUCUUGAAAACAAAUUAAAAAUGCUAGUUGGAAGUGAUUCUGUUAUAUUAGACGUUAAUAUCCCUAAAGGGGAAGUUAAAAUAUUUGCUCCAGAACCAAAGUUUGAAGUAGUCGAAUCAGUAAUUUGUCCCAUUAUUGAAAAAGCUAAAGAAACAUUGGCAAUUGAAGAAAAAGAAUUCUGUCUUUUAGAGAACUCUGAAUUAACUGGCAUAGUAUCAACUGGGGCUGAGAUUAAAGAUGUUGUGAUACCUGGUGAAUUCAGAGAUCUUAAACUUAUUAUUAAUAAUAAUGACAAUAUCCAAACUGUAGUUGAAAAACUUCAGAUCUGUGGUACAAUAUCCACAGUUCGGGAAUGGAAAAAUUACUUUAAAAUAACAUUUCAAAGCCCUGUUCAUGCCAAACAAGCUUUAAAUAUGUUCCAAAAUGAACAGUCAUUUUCCUUACAAAGUAUAAUUAAAACUACUGUGCCAGAUAAUAGACAGUGUAUGUAUAGGGUAGUAGUAUCUUAUAUGCGACGACCUUGUACUGGUGAAGCAUUUGCCAGUUUUGAAUGUGCUGCUCUUUUACCUCUAAUAUCAAAUAGUGUAUGUAACAGGAGUAUCACAUAUCGAAAUAUGCCUAUAAAAUGUUCUAUCAGUAAGAAGUCGCAAGAUUUGAGAUUUUCUGGUCUUCCAUGUGAUACCAAGAGAGAGGAAUUUGAAACAUUAGUGAAAUCACUAAUGCCUGAUGAUAUUAAAUUAACCAAAUGUAUUAUUGUGAGGAAAAAGGUGUAUGAAAGCUCUCGAGAUGAAUUAGAAAUUGUUAAGCAAGGCUUAAUAUCUAUGUUUGGUGAAUUUACUCCAAAAGAUAAACUGCAUAUUGAUCUUAAAAAACCAUCUCCAAAAGAUUUUACUUGGAAUGCAUUAAUAUUCUUUGAAAAUGCCUAUGAUGGUGAAAAUGCAGUAAAUAUGCUUAAAAACAGGUGUCAUUUAUAUCCAGGCUUUGAUAUGAAGCCAUAUCUUCAGACAACACUGUUUUGUAAAACAGAAAUUUUUUCAGCAGUUAAAGAACAAAUUGAUGAAGCCUUGAAGUUUUUCAAAGAUACCUCAGACAGUGAUAAAACAUUAGAUAUAACAGCUGUGCCUAAGGACUCAAGCACUGUUAGAAUUCAGAUAGCUAGUAACAAUGUUUCUGAUGCCACUGAUGCCAGAAGGGCAAUUCAAAAUAUUUUGUAUGGUGAUCAGAUUAAAUGUGAUGGUAAUCCUGUUUUAGAGAGACUCUUUUUAGAAGACAGUCUGGUUUACAUCAGAAAAAUUUGUAAAGAUAAACCAAACUGUUUUGUGGAUGCUGAUAAGUAUAGGAAAGUUAUAUCAAUUUUUGGAAGUGCAUCGGUUUGUAAUUCUGUCAAAUUGGAAGUUAAUUCUUUUUUGAAUGCAAUAGCAGAAGAAAGUGUAAGAGAAAUUUCUUUAUUGCCUAAACAUGGAAAAGCUGGAGUAAUAAAAGGACUAUUUAAGAAGUAUGGAAGUAAUCUCGAGAAUUUAGUAGAAACUAGCGGUGUUGCUGGAAUCGAUGUGAAUUUAUACAAGCAUAAGUUGACUGUCAAAGGUACCGAAACAUCAGUUUUUAAGGUUUGUAGCUUUUACAUAAAUUUUGAAACAUUUAAUUAUACUAAUUACAUGCUUAUAGUUGUGCAUUUAAAGUUACUUAUAAGAAUGCCUGUUCAUUUUUACCAUUUUGUCGUUAAAUUUAUUUCAUACGAUGCUAUACAGUAAAGUCCCAUUUAACUGAAUUCUACUUCUUUAGUUAAGAUUUCUUUAACUGAAAUCUUAACUACACUCAUGUCCAUAAAUUAAGGAUAAUUCGGAGUAACACGGAAAUCGAACUCUAAAAUAAAUAUAUCACCUGUAAAAUCACUACACGCAUCUUCAAGAAUCAUAUGCUAAU